AUGAGGGUAGCCCCAGAAGGGAGAAGACGAGGGGCCAUCUCCUACGACAGCUCCGACCAGACAGCACUGUACAUCCGUAUGCUAGGAGAUGUGAGAGUGAGAAGUCAGGUUGGAUUUGAACCGGAACGAAGAAGCUCCCACCCAUACCUGUGCAUCGACUUCCGAACUCUUCACACACGACUGGGCAGUGGGUCCACAUCAGGCAGCUCUGCUCCUGAGAGGAGGGUCCACAGGCUGCUCAGCUUCCAGAGGUACCUGCACUCGUCCCGUCUUUUGCGUGGAGUCCCCCAGCAGAUCCCCCUCCACAUCCUGGAUGAAGACUACACUGGACAGGCCAGAUGCAUGCUGGAAAAAGUCGGGAACUGGAAUUUUGACAUUUUCCUCUUUGAUAGGCUGACGAACGGAAACAGCCUGAUCACUCUGACCUUCCACCUGCUGAACCAGUAUGGCCUGGUGGAGCUCUUCCAGCUGGACAUGGUCAAACUCUGGAGGUUCCUGGUCAUGGUCCAGGAGGACUACCACAGCGACAACCCCUACCACAACGCUGUUCACGCUGCAGAUGUCACACAGGCCAUGUACUGCUACAUGCGGGAACCCCUGCUUGCCAAGUCUCUGACCUCCUGUGACAUCCUACUGGGCCUCCUAGCAGCAGCCACACAUGACCUGGACCAUCCUGGGGUCAACCAGCCUUUCCUCAUCAAGACUGACCACUAUCUAGCUACACUCUAUAGGAAUACCUCAGUUCUGGAAAACCACCACUGGAAGUCGGCAGUGGGCCUUCUCAGAGAGACUGGGCUGUUCUCUCAUCUGCCUGCUGAAGACAGCCUGAAUAUGGAGAGGGAGUUGGGCUCCUUAAUCCUGGCCACGGACAUCAGCAGACAGAAUGAGUACCUAUCUAGGUUUCGCUUGCACCUGGACCAGGAGAACCUGUGCUUGAGCAAUGCCAGCCACCGUCACUUCAUCCUGCAGAUGGCUUUGAAGUGUGCAGACAUCUGUAACCCCUGCAGACCCUGGGAGCUGAGCAAACAGUGGAGUGAGAAAGUGACCGAGGAAUUCUUCCAACAAGGAGAAAUUGAGAAGAAGCACAAACUUGAAGUCAGCCCACUUUGUGACAGAGUGGCCAACACAGUUGGCAACAUUCAAAUAGGCUUCAUGACGUACGUGGCAGAGCCGCUGUUUGCAGAGUGGGCCCGUUUCUCCGACACACGUCUGUCCCAGACCAUGCUGGGCCACAUGGGGCUGAACAAGGCCAGCUGGGGCGGGCUGCAGCAGGAACAAACCUCUGUCUCCGAAGAGGCGGAGCCCAGCACAGCCGGCGCCGAAGCAGAGGACGGUGCUGCACGGACAGACGGCAACACCGCCACAACUGCAGGAGGAACCAGCUCCAAAGAAAUACCUCAGGGAAGCAGAAAAUCCUGACACUCCUCGUGGGCCCUUUCACCUCAACCACCUGACCCCUGACCCCGGCCUCAGGGCCUCACCACACACUGGGGGCCGGGUGGGGCAUGCGAUGGCCUGCUGCCCCCUGCCACUGCCCCACCUGAUCCUAACACCUUGUUUAUGUUUUGUUGCUUUUGCCUCCCAUCUUGAUAAACCACUGAUUUUAUUUAAUUUAUUUAAUUUUUAAUUCCUCUUUUUUGGCAUAGAGCAAUACAUAGAUACCUCAUUUGGCUACUGCUGUAUUUACUUUCAUUUUCUUUUUAUUUAUUUGUCCACUGUAGUUUUGGCAUUACUGACUGAACGUACCACUUUUUGUGUUGGUGAACCUUAAGGGGAAAGCAGUAUAAGAACUAAAGAAGACAUUUUCCUGGUAUUUGAAGUGCCAUUUGAAAACAAAGAUUUAAAGAAUGAUCUGAACUGAAUUAACUGAGACAACUGGAGUAUUCCGACACGAGACCCUCCUAAGACUUUAAAGUAAAGCCGUGUUGCGUUUGUAUUGAAGAUUCUUCCUCAUGUAAAAAAGAAAAAAAAAAAAUGUGACAAGCCCAGUCCUUUUGCUGCCUCUACGAAGACUGUUUACGCAUCUCUUCUUGUUCGUUGUUUCUUUCCCUUGAAAUGAAGUGAAUCAUGUCGGCUCCACGGUUUGCCUUCGGAAGCGCAGAUGUGAAGAACCACUCGUUUGAACUGUCAUCCCACUGUUGAAGCCAUGAGCAGAACCUUAUUCAAACACACCAGAUGCCAUAAGUAACUCCACCUGUGCUACAAUGUGUUCUUGCACUCCCAAAUAACAAUGGUGUUGGAUGUGCAGCUUCGUCUCCAUGACAUCUCCAAGAGACCCUGUGAAGGUAUUGUAGAAAUUAGUCCUUUUUCCUGAUGAUGUUUCCGACUCUUCCAGUGCUGGUUGAACUCGGGGUAGCUUCCCUCCCAGACUGGAGAUCAGUUACUCACUGCACAUGCAUCUCACCUGGAAGUCCACUCCACGCAACUCGACUCGCUCAGGGUUUUGCCAGUCUCUUAUCAAGAGGGAGAGGGGGAGGAGGUGACUGCGGGCAAUGCAAGGUUGUUGUUUUUUCUUUUUUCCUGGCUAGGAUCUACUGAAGGAGACUCUCCCUCUCCGCAGAAUGUCUCUCUCAGCCACAUGCAACCUAAAGGACUGCUCGAUUGAUGCCUUAUAACUAUGCACAAACUAUGCUAAGUGACCAAACCAGCUCCUGUUCCCAUCAAGUGCAUGGUGUGCUUGUCUUUGAAUGCACUGUCCAAUCCCUUUGCCUUUUUGUUGUGAGGAACAACUCCAGCUGUCCUUUUUUUGUACGGAAACAAAAAUGGUCGAGUGACUUUGAACAUUCCAUUUCUUUGUGUUUGGUUUGUCUACUUUGAUUCUGUAUAGUGGCACAAAUUGUGUUUGUGUUUAAACAUUUUGAAAGAUAACAGGUGCUUUUCUUACUUUAGCUGAUUUGUAUUUUGCUGUAAGUGCUGUAAGACUGUUGAUAAAACUGUUUACAAUUUGUUGCGACAGCCAUUUUUGGGAAGACUUAAGUGUCGAGCCAGAUUUUGUAAAGGCUUUGCUGUAUUGACCUUUUUGAUACAUGCCUGUUGCAGUUACAAUUUGAAUAAUAAAAACCUGUUGUU